AUGGACAUUGUCGGGGCGCCCCACUUUGUUCGCGGCGCCUUUCGACUGCUGAACACGCUGGAAGGCGCAGCCCAGCUGGCCACCCUCCUGGUGGCCUGCGCCACCGUGCGCUGGAUCCGCUCAUACACGUUGCAACUGAGCGUCCGCAGGGCCAGCGCCGCACUCACGGUGGCCUUCCUCGUCCUCGUGUGCUACUACGUCACCCACCUGGAGAAGCAGGGCAUCACCAACCGGCGACGCUUCGUCGCCUACACACCCCGGGAGUUCGCCGACCACGUCGCCGACGACGUCAGGUUGAUAGAGCGCUACUUCUGGGUCACGGCGCGCAAGCCUUCUAAGCACGGUAACUAUCGCCGCCUAAACAGGGUCUCGCAGCAAUUGCUGGCCGCCAACCUGGACCUACCGGACUCCGCAAACCGAAACUGGUCCUUCGUCAUCGUCCGUUCCAUGACGCCAAGCGCGUUCAUGCUGCCCAACUGCCACGCCUACUUCUUCGACGGGCUCUUCAGGAUUUGCGAGAACGACGACACACUGUCGUUCGUCGUGGCCCACGAGAUGGCACACUGCCUCCUUGAGCACACCCUAGAGAAGGAGUCCCUAGCCUUCUUCCUCGACAGGCUCAACACGCUCGUCUGGAUCUCAUCUCUGGCGUUGAUACGCGGCAACGUCAGGGCCACUCUGGCACCGUGGUUCGUGAGUCGUGCCCUGCACUACGCCGUGUUCUUACCUCAUAGUCGUUCGAUGGAGCUCGAGGCCGACUCCUUGGCGCUGCGCAUGAUGGCAAAAGCCUGCUUCGACUACCGUUACUGUAUAGUGUACUUCGACAACGCCGCAAUGCUCCGGAAGAGGGUCAUGGGAACCAAGAAGACGAGGAAGGUUUUCUCGACGCACCCGACGAGGCACGAGCGAGUCAACGCCUUGUACAGACAGAUGAGCACGGCUCUGGCACUGCAUAAGUCCAGGAGCUGUCCGCCUCUCCUCCCGAUGCGCAAGAACGACGAGAUCAAAUUUACCGCGUUUUUAAACGAAACCCUUAGGCGAGCAUGA